AUGUCAGAGGAUGAGGAGCCAAGCCCAAGUAAGCCUGGCGGCUUAGUCCAGAUAGAUGAGCAAUACAUACAACGCGAAAUAGAUAAGCUAAACGUAGAUGAACUAAUCCAGCCGGAACAAAACAACGCUCUCAAGAAAGUAAUAAAAACGGAUCGAAAAAUUGUUAUAAACUUGGAUAGCAGAAUAAGUACUCUUCACAAGUCAUGCCAGUAUGGGAAGCAGGUGUCCAAAAUCAUAAACUUUAAGGCGGAGGGACUUAGUAGCAUUUCUCUGAAGGAGAAACUGAGGCUCGUUCUGGAGAACCUUUCGGGGCAGUUCUCCGAGGAGGGGCGCCCAAAUGCUAACUAUGGGAGAGAUGCUACAAACGUGGUAAACGUGGUAAACGGGGGAAGGGAGCAACGUGGGGAUGGUUUACCCUACGGACGACCGACGCGGCUGAGCUUCGCAAAGCUCUCGAAGCACUUCAGCGUAGACACACUCCCCUUCUGCCCCAUUAACUACAACACUAUCCCACUGAACUUCUUCCUGGAUAGCCAAAACGUAUUCACUCUGUACAGGAAAGAACGGAAAAGGACACACAACAGGACCAGACAGACACGCGGAAACACCACCUAUAGGAAGCUAAAGGAGUUCACACAUGAGAACGAGCCGGAAAUUAAACUAGAGACCUACGAACAGUCAAUGAGGUUAAAAGAAAAGUUAGGAAAACUGGAGAAAAAAAAAGAAAACGUUCCUUUUUUAAAUUUCAUUGUCGACUGUGAUCCAGUCAAUGGGUUUAAUGAAACGACCUUCCGUCUGUUCCUGGUCACUUUGCUUGUUUCCAAGGGACACAUUGAAUUUUAUAGGGAUGCCAAUAAAGUGCUGUGCAUCCGAACGAGCGACCUUUUUAGACAGACCGAGGAAGAGCUGCGUGGCCACCAUGGUGACAAACACGGUGACAAUCACGGUGAAGGUAGCCACUCUGUGCGCCCUACUGGGGAUACGCCUCCUCCGAGGAAAAACCAGGCCCUGCUGACUGCCUGGUCAUACCAAAAGUGGGAGAAGCUGGUCAGCCGUCUGGCGCCGCACCGAUCAGGGGAAGCGCAACGUAGGGAUGCAUAA